GCCGCCGCACGCCUGCACCGCACCAGGGCCGAGGCAUCGCACCGCACGCGUCCCGAGGCGUUAGACGUCCAGCGGCGUCCAUCCACGCCCGCCAUUGCGCCCCUCCUGCUGCUUCCAUAAUUCCAUUACCAAAAGCUCGCCGCCCUCCCACCAUAGCCACCAAAAUCUGUUGGUCGAACGGCGGCGAUUCGAGCGAAAUCAGGAUCGCACAGCACCGGCCGCCGGGGGAUGGAGUUCGCGGCGAUGAAGAGGAGGGACCUGCUGGAGCUCUGCCGGCAGCACGGCCUCGCUACUCGCGGCUCCAAAGCUGACCUCGCCGCCGGGCUCGCAGGCGCGCUCUCGUUGCAGGGGCUUGCUGCUGCUGCUGCUGAGAGUGUGGUUGGUUUGGUGGUGGGGAAGGGUUGUCUGAAGCGUGGUGACACCUCCAGGGCUUCGAAGAAGGUGAGGUUUGCAUUGGAUGAAACAUCAGAGGUGAAGGGACGAAGACGAAGGUCCCAGAUGAUUUUGUCACUGGCUGUUGCCAAGAAAAGGGGGAGGAGCAAGGCUAGGAAGGCACUUCCUUCUGCAGCAGCGAGUGGAAGGGGUCGGCGGCGGAAGCGCAAUGAUGGUGGUGGUUCUGCUCAUGAAAGUGUUACCAGAGAGGUGGGUGCAAAAGCCCCAGUGACACGGUCCAGGAUGAAAGUGGUGUGUUUACAUGCUCCCAGUGGGGUUGAAAGUCAGAUUAACCCUGCUGAGGCUGAGGAAGGAGGGGAGGUGGUAGGAACAGCUAUUGGUAGAAAGCAGAAGCGCAAGGCCCAGGAAAAUGCCGAGGUUAUUACUAAUUCUUGGGCAGGAAUUUCUCGUAGGGUAAAUACACGUCCAAGGGACGGGCGUGAUUGCAAAAAAGGAAUUUCUCAUAGGGUCACAAGGAGUUUAAGCUCGUCAGCUGCAGCAGUUUUAUUGCCCCUUGAUGCUGAGGGGAAGAGAGGGGCUACAAAGGUAGGUGAUGGUAAUGAUGAACUUUCUGCUGAGGAGCAUGCUGCUGGAGUUCAAGAUUUGACUAUUGCAGCAUCACCAGUUAUUAUUGAGAGUAGUAGUAGUAGCAGUAAGGGAGGAGAUUGCAUUCCUUCUGUGCAGAAGCCUUUGAAGGUGGUGGUAUCUUGCAGAACCACAAGAUUAAGCUCAGUAGCAGCUGAUGUGAUAUUGCCCACUGUUGUUGGAAAAAAGAGGAGGAAGACGACGGGCAGGCCCAAGGCCAGGAAGACACUUCCUACCGCAACUCUGGGCAGAAGGGGUAGCCAGCAGAAGUGUGAUGUUGCUGGUGAUUCUGUUGAUCAUGGUGCUUUUGGAGAGGGGGGUGCAGAUGCUCCAAUGACACAGUUCAGGACAAAAGCCGUGAAUUCGCGUGCUGAAAGUGGAGUUGAAAGUCAGAAUAAUCUUGCUGAGGCUGAGGAAGAAGAGGAGGCAGUAGAAGCAACCACUUAUAGGAAGCAGAAGCAGAAGAUCCAGGAGAAUGCUGAGGAUAUUUCUGCCAAUGCUCCGUCUGGGAUUUCUCAUAGGAGGACGAGGAAGUCAAGCUCGUCCCCAGCUGCUGUUCUCUUGUCCCCUGUUGUUGAGAAGAUGGAAGAAGCAGAUGGUAAGGAUGAACUUGGUGUUAAGGAGUUGGCUGAAGUUAAAGUUUUGGCUACCACAACAUUACCAAUUAUUGCUGAGAGUAGAAGUAAGAGGAAGGAAGAAGACUACGUCCCUGCUGAGCUGAAACCUGCUAAGGUGGAGUUUUAUGGCAGAACUACAAGAUCACACUCAAUAGCAGCUGCUGUGUCAUCGCCCACUGUGAUUGGAAGAAAGGUAAGAAAGGCAGGAGAUGUGCACCCAAAUGGAGAGGUGUCUAUAGAUUUGGAGGUUCCUCGAAAUGAUGCUCCUAUUACCAAGUCACUGAGGAGCAGAGUUGUUCACUGUAGUGUAGUUGGUGAAACUCGUGCCCGCAAGAAGCUUGAAAUCAAGAGGAAGCCCAGUCGACCAGCAACUCACAGGCAUCAGCCGAUUGUACCUUCUGUAGAGGAGAAAGAACAAGUUGAUGUGCUCUGUAAGUUCUCCCAACAUAGGCGAUCAAGCAGAAACCAUCCUCAGCCAGAUGAAUUGUUAAGAAACACAAAUUUAGAAAAUAGCAAGUUGAGUAGAGUACCAGUGGGGGGCAAGGACUUGAGUAUAGCUCAUCGAUUGACACGUAAUACCACUGAGACCAGAUUGGAAGAUGUCGAGUCACUAUCAUCAGGUUUCAAAGAUAGGAUCACCAGGAGCUACAAGGAUAAUAUAGCUAGAAAUGGUGGCCGUGUUUCAUUACCUGAUAACAAUGGCAAUAAGGCUUCAGCUUCAGAAACAGCAUUAGGAGUGCUUGAUGAAAGAACCAAAGGUAUGCACGAAAGUGUUAGUAACAAGGAGUUUCAAAAUGCCAAGGCUGGAGAUAUGGGUAAGCAGCCAGCUGUAAGGGGAUGUGUUAGGCGAUCAACACAUAAAUCUGGGACAUCGGUUCGAAUCUAAGGAAGCCCUCGCUCGAGGAUGGCGGAGGCAGGCGGCUUUUUGUUAGCUGAAAUGGUAUCUUCGUAGCAGCAAGACUUUUGGUCAAUCGCAUCUUGAACACCAGCGAUGCCCCUGCUUCCUCUCGAAUUCUUUUGGUGCCUGCUCUCAGAAAGAGAAUAUCUGAAAGCAAGGUUGAAAUAGGUUGUUUGCUUUUAAGUGGUGGAGCUAACAUAGUGCUUAUCAUGUAACCAAGUAUAUUUAUGUGCUCCUCUAAGAAAAAGAAUAUUUAUAUGCUCC